AUGGGAACAAAGUUUAGAGCAUCAGUUAUCACUCUUUUUCUUUCAUCCCUCCUUCUUGAUCAGCUGGUGUUUUCUGAAUCCAACGAUGGAUUAGUGAGAGUUGGACUGAAAAAGUUUAAGUUAGAUGAAAACAACAGGAUCGCUGCUCCUCGACUUACCCCGCAACUACCGGAUUCUCAAAAGGAUGGCGUCACUGUAAGGCUAAAGAAUUACGAUAACAUGCAGUACUACGGUGAGAUUUCAAUCGGUACACCACCACAGAACUUCACUGUGCAUUUUGAUACAGGAAGCUCUAAAAUGUGGAUACCUUCAUCAAGCGUUGGUGUUUCUUUGCCCGUCGUUCAAAAACAUCUAAAAGGAACAAAUACAAUUCCUGUCGUUCAAGAACGAACAUCUGCUGAGAUACACUAUGAUUCAGGUUCAAUAUCUGGCAAUGUUAGCCAAGACAAUGUUAUAGUUGGUGGUUUAACAAUCAAGAAUCAGGGCUUUAUUGAAGCAACAAUACCGCCUGAUUCUGCGUUUCAGUCUAGUAAGUUUGAUGGCGUUCUUGGCCUUGGAUUUAAGGAGCUAAAUGAUUUAGGUGUUGUUCCAGUAUGGUACAACAUGAUGAAUCAGGGUCUGAUUCGGAAUCAAGUAUUCUCAUUUCGGCUUGAUAGAAACAAAAAAGAAGAGGAAGGAGGUGAACUUGUGUUUGGUGGGAUUGAUCCAAAGCAUCACAAGGGGGACCAUACUUAUGUCCCUGUGACCGGAAAGGGUCAUUGGCAGUUUGCUACGAGUAAUGUUUUAAUCAAUGGUCAAUCAAUAGGUGUGUGCAGAUUUGAUUGUUCUACCGUUGUGGAUUCUGGAACUUCUUUGUUGUCAGGUCCAAUGACUGCAAUUACCAUGAUAAACCAUGAACUUGGAGUCAACGAAACAGGAUUAGUAAGUCAUGAAUGUAAGUCAAUUGUUGAAGAGUAUGGACAAACCAUUCUGAAAAUGCUCCCAGGAGAGGCUAACAAAAUUUGUUCCCUAAUUGGAUUAUGCCCAGUUAAUGGAACUAAGAGUAUCGAGGAAAGUGAUGAUAGAAGAACAAUAGAUGUUUACUCUAUGGUUAUUCUUGCUCUUCUUGAAUCAGUUGCAUUUGUUCUUGCUCUUCUUGAAUCAGUUGCAUUUAAUUUGGGAAGGUGGCAGUUUGAUCCGUCCAUAAACUUGAAAUAG